CUCUCGCUCUCUCUCUCCUCUCACCUCUGGCAGAGCUGAAACCGGUGUGGUGGUCGUGCACGAAGCGAAUUCUAUCAUUCACACCAUUUUCUUGAGAGAUAGAGAGAGGUGGGUGGGGGGGUUUAGGGCUUGCUGAGGAUGGUUGCAGACAAGGGGAAGAAGAUGAAGGUCGGGGAGAAAGGGUCGGAGGACAACUCGGAGCAGAUUGACGGGGAGCUCGUCGUCUCCAUCGAGAAGCUGCAGGAGAUCCAGGACGAGCUCGAGAAGAUCAAUGAAGAGGCCAGUGACAAAGUUUUGGAAGUAGAGCAGAAGUAUAACGAGAUAAGGAGGCCUGUCUAUGAUAAGAGGGGCGACAUCGUAAAGUCAAUUCCUGAUUUCUGGCUGACCGCUUUUCUGAGUCAUCCUGCGCUCUGUGAACUUUUGACUGAGGAUGACCAAAAGAUAUUCAAGUAUCUAAGCUCCCUCGAAGUGGAGGAUUUUAAGGACGUAAAAUCAGGAUACUCUAUAACCUUUAAUUUCAAUCCCAAUCCUUAUUUUGAAGAUGCCAAGCUUACGAAGACUUUUACCUUCCAUGAUGAAGGAACAAAAAUUACUGCUACCCCAAUUAAGUGGAAGGAGGGUAUGGGGUUGCCUAAUGGUGUCCCUCAUGAAAAGAAAGGAAACAAGCGACCUUUGACUGAGGAAAGCUUCUUUCACUGGUUUACUGAUAGUCAGCAGAAGGAAAUGGAGGACAUAAAUGAUGAGAUAGCUGAGAUCAUUAAGGAGGAUUUGUGGCCCAAUCCGCUUACUUAUUUCAACAACGAUGCUGAUGAGGAAGAUUUUGAUGGUGAAGACGAUGAUGAAGAGGAAAAUGGUGAUGGCUCGGAAGAUGACGACGAAGACGAGGAUGAUGAAUGAGAUGAUGGCAAAGGGCGUCUCCUCUGCAUACAUUAUUAUAAUUUUACUGCUAUAGUAGGACCUGGGUAAGGUGGUCUUUUAGUGGCCAUUGUAGUGAGUGAGUCUCCCUUUUGUUCUUGCUUUCUGUAAUUUCUUCUCUAUGGAUUGCCCGAGUGUUUAACGAGAAUAUCGUCAUUUUCCCUUAAGGCUCAUAUUUAUGCACGGCGUGGAUCGAUAUGUUUCCUUAUA